CGUUAAAAUUUGAAUGCUAAGAUACCGAAUUUUAUUUAAAAAGAGGUGUUAGAGUGAUUAAACCAAAUGCAUCAGUGUCAUUUGUAUGUUAUCGAACAUUACGAAAGGUUCGAAGACAGUAAAAUGUUUUAAAAUUAAUCAAAAUAUUUACUGCUGUCCCAGCUAUUUGCAAUUACGGAUAUGCUUGGGAUUCUCAGGGAGUUGGCAGCACCAGUGUUCAGUUUUCUGCAAAAUAAAAAAGUUUGUUGUUUAUUUUCUCAAGAUUCCUUUCAUUUUAAACAUUUCCAAGGAAUGAAUUUAAGCGACUGCAUUAAUAAAUACAUAUACUUGACGGGCACUGAGGAUUACGUCCUUAAUUUGGCAAAGCUAUGCGAACGCUUUGCCCUGAAGGAAAAGAGGGUUUUACUGAUCACCAGUCGGCAGCAGGGAAUGGCGAGCUGUUAUCCUUGGGACUUUAGCAAUCGUAGCAAAUACCUGACCACUUUGCAGUUGCUGGAUGUUGAAAGUACGCCGCACCAGAUGCUGGAACUGCAGGACAACACGGAACCCUUUGCUCCCGAUUUGAUUAUAUUCGAUCUGCAAUCGCUCGUCUUGGAAGCCCUGCUGCGUCCUGUGAUGCAACAGUGCUCCACGGAUAAAAUGGUGCGGCACAUUGCCAAAUGCUCGGCAGCCUUUGUCAAUUACCGCGAAAUUCUGGCCAAUUUGGAGCCGCAAAAGGCGGGAAAAUCGAUCAAUACGAUUGUGGUCAUGUCGCAGGAACCGUAUCCCAUGUCACCAGCCCAGUUUAAACUGCUCAUCGGUUUGUAUUUCCACGGCAACGAAUGUUAUACAAACUUUGCCAAACUUUCCGCCAGGAUUCAGGAUACCCAGGGAGUCGCCUAAAAGCAAAACGCGGAUUCCAAUCAACCAUUGUGCCUUUCAAAGCUCGGUUUUCUCGAUUUUGCAGUUCGGUUCCACCUUUAAUUUGCUUCUUCUAAUGCUCAAAACACUGCUGCCAGUAUGAUAAAACUAUCAAAACUUCCCCCUUUCCAAACGAUGCAAAUAUGAUUUUAGUUGUUUAUGAAAGGUAUAAAUAUACCUUUCAAAAAGUUAAAAAGAAGCCGUUUUUGGAGCUGCAUUUCCAUUUAACUGAAUUCAUUGAUAUUCCUGCCCAAAAGCAAAAAACAUAUGGAAUUUUUCAUUAAGCUUAUGUUUACGUUAAUCGCGAAAGAACUUAUUGUCAAUUAUGAUAUCAAAACCACAUGAAGUCACAUUUUUAAGUUAUUUUCGUAAGAAGACAUAAUUCGAAUAUCUCAUUCCUCUAAACCAAGGAACUUGUUGUUAAAGUAAACGGAAGUCUUUGCAAUUAUUAAAGCUAAAUUUCCAUUAAAACAGAA